GUAAUGACGUAUUAGUGACGUGUACAGUAAUAAUGCUUCUAUACAUCAAUAUGGGUGCAUCGUAUUAAAGUGAUAAAAAUAAUGAAUAUCAACGAUUUUUUGAAUUCUAGCGGCGAAGAAGGUAAUAGCGAUAUGGAAACAAUGGAUGUGUCGUUAAGUGGCGACAAUUCGGAGCUCAUGAGCUCCGAAUUUUUCGAUUCAGUACUAUCAUUGGAAAACAAUAUGGAUGAUGAGUUUUUCCCAAAUUUUGAAGAUGAUAUUAAUGUUUCCAGCGAUGCCAGUUCUAACGUCGACGAAGUCCUAUCGCCGCGAAGUUUUUAUUCAGAAAGCGAUAAGAAUAGUUCUUGUAUAGAAGGUUAUGAUGAUACUAGCACUAUACUGGGAAAUAUUGAAGGCUUUCAUGAAUUAAUGUCCAUUCUAGAUCCUACACCUGAACAACCUGUAAAAGAAAUACCUCCAGUCACUGCACCUAAUACACUCCUUUCUAAAUUACCUACUCAAAUUCUUAUACAAAAUCCAAAUAAUAAAAAAUGUAUUUCAAAGCCUAUGAUAAGUACCACUAAUAGUCAGCUUAAGAAAAACCAAGUGAAAACCAAACCUCAAAUACUUAAAGUACAACAAAUUUCAAACAAUGGUACUCCGGUUUUACUGCCAUUGAAUAUAAAGAGUAUUAAAAUUCUGAAUAGUGCUGCGGAUGUUGCUGCUCUUACUAGUAAUGUAAGAAAACGAAAAUUUGAAACAAAAACUGAGGAAAGUUCAAAUGUUGUUAGUUCCACAAACCAGUAUCCACCCUUGAAUCUUACUAAUGAAGAAAAGAGGCUAUUAGCAAAGGAAGGUAUUAUUUUACCUACUCAUCAUCCACUUACCAAAAAUGAUGAGAGAGAACUAAAACGGAUUCGUCGAAAAAUAAGAAAUAAAAUUUCAGCUCAAGAUUCUAGGAAGCGUAAAAAAGAAUAUGUGGAUAGCUUAGAGGAGAGAGUCAGAAGAGGGUCCGAAGAAAAUAAAAAUCUUUUACAGAGAGUGAGAGAUCUACAGAGACAAAAUAAAACUUUGGUAGCUCAUGUCAAUAAGCUACAAGCAUUGAUAUGUAAUUCUACAACAUCUAAAGCAACCCCAUCUACAUGCCUAAUGGUUGUUCUUCUUUCUGCUCUAUUGGUAUCUUUGCCGAAUAUGAAAUUAUUCGAAAGCAAGAAUUCAAGUCAGAUACAAAAUGAGCAAGAACAAGUGGCUGUUAGAAGAUCUUUACUUUCUAGCCCUCAAGCUGCAGAAGAUUUGAACAUGGAGGAGUUCUUGAUUUUCAAGGAUGAAGAGGAGUUUGAUGGUAAACUAGAUGAACUAGAUAUGGAGAACUCCACUGAACAGGAAAUUACAAAAAUUCUGGAAAAUGUAGGGAAAAAAUUUGAUGGAGUACAAUCAGAGACAAAAGAUUCUCUGGGUUUGUUUGAUAGAAUCAUGGAUACUGUUAAAGGUUUUCUCAAGAAGGAAAACAAAAAGGAUUUAUUUGGUGCUUCAGAUUAUGGAGGGUUUCAAAAAAAAGGUUUUAUAGAGCCAGAUAUCGACGAGUAUAUAUCAGAUGAUGAACCAUCUCUAAAGCGGAAUAAGUUGGAUGUGAAUUCUAAACCGCAUAAUGAGAAUGUUGUUACAACUACAAUUAAUACAAAAAAAAUCGCUAUUAAUACAAAAGAAAAAUGAAA